AUGACCUACGGAUACACCUCCCCCACCGCCACCACCGAAGAAGACUGGAUCAACGAUGUUCUUUCCACUUCUGUUCCUCUCACUUCGUGCAACUCCAACGAUAACCUAAAUAUGGAGUUUGGCCUGUAUUUUCCUUCCACCGUGAAGGAGGAAGAUGACGUCUUCAGCAAUACCUCAUCGCUGUGCACUGCGUCCAGCACCCCACCGACGAUGGCUCCCGCAGAACCCAAGGAUACCGUAAAAGACUUGAGUCUUUUGGACAGCGUCAGCUCGAAAUUGGAGAUGAUGCAGAAAAACCACUCCUUGACCCCCAAGGCGUUGGAGCUGAUUUUCAACACCAAGGACGUGCUCAAGGAAUCGCUGGACUGGAUGCUGAACGGUGUGCAUCACAAAAGCUGCGCCAAAAAGCUGGCCUGUGCGCUGAAAAAGAGAAAGCUCCGCAGAAAGAGCUCCGCGGCCUGCAAGCGCGACCAGUACAAGAUCGAGAAGAAGACCUCGUGCUGCGAGCCCUACUCUCAAUUGAGCACUGCUCAGACGUCUCCUCUUGCCUUGGAAGAUAAGCACUACAACCACUUGCCUUCGCAGGUGGCCUCGCAGGUGGCCUCGCAGGUCAACUCUGCGCUCGCGUCGAAGGUUGUUUCGCGCAGAAACUCCGUGGACGAGCUCUUGCUGAUGGGACUUAUAGAUCCCGUGGCCGAGUCUCCGGAGGCGGAACAGCAGCAGCAACAGAACGACGACGACGAGAACGGCUUGUGGAACGCGCGCUUCGACUACGCGUUUGGCUACGACGACACCGUGGUGUUCCCUCCCAUUGGCGCGGCUCAAGACACAAACGACGACCUCAUGAAGAUGUACAUGCCUGGCUUUGCCAUUUGA